CCAAUCUGAUUUAUCUGCUCAACUCAUAAUAUAAAUUCUAUUCAAGAUUCGAUCUUAUUUUUCCAAACAACUCUUAAUUCCUUCAAAUUAUAAUACAAAGUUUUUUUUGUAAAUUGUAAUAUACAAUUAUACAAAAAUGUCCACGAAUAUGAGCUCGUUAGUUUGCACUAAUCUUCCUAUUAUUCGUGCUAAUUCGAACAAUAAUCAGUCUUUUUUGGGUUGUUCAAGGUUGAGAUUUCAUUAUAAUCUUAUGUCCUCAACACAAGGUCAAAGGAACCACCGCACAUUGAGUGUUAGUUGCGGUGUUCAACCUCUUCCGCCACCAAUUCCGUCAAGUCCCACGCCUGCAGGUUGUUUUUUUGGAAAAGGUUGGAUAGCAGGAGCAGUCCUAGCAUUUUUGCUACCAUUCUUGACAAACAAAUGGGGUCCCUUACUCUUAUUAAAAAAGGACGUUGACCAGAAAUUACAGGCAAUAGAAGAUGUGGCAGAGGGAUUGGAAAAACUAGCAGAUAAAGUGGAACACAUGGCUGAGGAUGUUGGCAAGAAACUUCCAGAAGGUUCACUUAAAAGGGCUGCUAAUUUGCUUGAGGAUGCUGCUGAGAAGGUGGAAUUAGCUGCUCAUGUAACUGAUUCAGCCAUUGAUAGGAUUCAAGAACUAGAAGACAGAUUGGAGUCAUAUGAAGAAUCAAACCCAACAAAAACAAACGAGUUAGUUCAAGAAAAAUCAAAAAAUGAACCAACAACAUCAUAACUUUUCCAUUAUAUUGUUAUUUUUAUUAUUUCUAGUACAAUCAUUUAAUCAUAUUUGAUAUCAGGUUAGUUAAUUGUAUUCAUGUACUCCAUAUUACAGAAUUUGUGGGAAACUACCUAAUUAAUUAUUGUUGAAUUUAGUCAUUUACAAUCUAAUCAUGUGGAAUCUUGUUAUAAUUUUUAUAACCAAGAAAAUGGCUUGACAACCCCUAAGAUGACAAGGCAAGAAUAUAAGACAAGUCAACAAAUCAGAUUCAAUAUAUAACCAAGGAAAACAAAGUAAAGAAUCAAAUAAAUAAAUAAGAAAUCAAAUCCCCUCUGAUCAGAAUCGUCAACAGAUUAUUCCAAAGAUCGGAAUAUUUCCAGAUCUUCCAUCAAUAGGACUUCCGCAAAAUAGGAAAAGGAGAUCAAGCAAAUAUUACAACGGCUCAACCUAAUUUAGAGACUGAUUUUAAAAUUCCCCUGAUCACUAGGUAUUUUUUUACCCAAAACGACGAUAUAUAUUAAUUAAUUAGGGAUGAAAAACCGAGAAUAAACACCCUCACAAAGCGGAGGGUUAACAUCCAAGACCUUGAAAAAUCCAACCAUAAUUCUAUGCUUCCACCCCCAUCGUACCAAAAAACUUGACAAAGAGGGGUAAUACUAUAUACUCAAUCCCACGUUUUAGCACACCCACCUAGGUUAAUCAUCUUACUUGCUAUCCGAUACAUAUAUAUAUAUGAACAAAUAAAACAUAAGUAGAAGUUGUGACACCACGACAUUGACAUUUUCUUCAUGCGCCAUCCAAAAGAUCGACCAUCCUCCACUUCAGUUGUUGGUAACUUCACCAUCUUCAACAUCAUCCUCCACUUUCAACAAUAUCUAUGGCAUUUUCAAUGGUUAAACCACCAACAACGAACGGGGUAAACUCCUUUGCUUUCCCUUUAUCCUUGCUACUCAGCUCAUUGGUUGUCAAUUUAUCCAACACUUGUUUAAUUGUAGAGACAAUUGAACCAAAGACAAUCUGUGAAGCUGAAGAACUAGCACCUAUAUUAUUUAAAAUCCCUGCAUUUUAAUUCUUAGCUGCAUUUUGAUCACUAGGUAACUUUUAACAAUUUUGUGAAUCCAAUUAAAAACCCAACUUUACUAAUUAGUCCUUGGUUCGUUCACCCUCACAUGAUUCAUUUUUACGCAUAGCACACCCGAUUCACCGAAGCUUAACUUCGACUACAUCCGGAUCCGACCCGUAAUGCACACCUUAUUUAUAGUGAGUGAGUCUCCCAACACGAAUUUCUGCAUACGGCGAGGCUCGAACCUGAGACCUUCGUGACAUGAUUCAUUGAUCGACUCACUCACUCACUCACACCAUUUGUUUUGGUAGCCGACUCACCCCAUUUGUUAGUGACUCAUCACACAAUCAUUACUCAAGUGCACCCUGAUUCUGCCACGUAGCAUACGUUACAUAGUAUCUACCGUACCCCUCUUUUAAAAACCGACUAACGGCUACAUUUCUCCUUCUUUUCAAAUCUCACUCCCCCAAAUCCCUCUUCUUCUUUUUGGAUUCUUUCUCAUUCUCUCUCUCUCCUCGAUUUCCCUCCAUUUGCAGGAAAUCUCUGACCUUCAAUUGCACCCAAACCCUAAAAUUUACCCCCAAACCCCAAAUUUGGUGUUUUUACAAGAUCAAGAAUGGAACUUCCUCAAGAACUCGACGAUUUCAUCAAGAAUUCAAUCGACCAUACUUGUGGAAUUUCUGUACCCAAUGAAUCCCUCCAAUUGAAGGUUCAAUCUCUCGAGACGUCGAAUUUUGUUCUUCGAAAUCAGUAUUUAACUCUACUGUCGAAAUUGAAGCAGAAAGAACAAGCACUUGAACUCGCUAAGGGUGAGGCGUGUAUGAAUGCACAAGCAAUCAAGAAAUUUGUGGAGGAGAAUCAGAAAUUGGCGGCUGAAUGUGCGAAUUUAGUGAAUCAGUGUUCGAAAUUGGAGAGGGAAUGUUCGCUUUACGAUCACGAUCGUGAGGCGUUGAUGGAGUUCGGCAAUGAGUCAGAUGAGCGAGCCAAGGAGGCUGAGAUUAGGGCUAGUGAAUUGGAUGAGGAGUUGAAGCAGCUUAAUGAAGAAGUUAAUUACUACAAACAUCAAUGUGAGAUGCUUUCGGAUGAUUCAUCUAAGGAUGGUGCAAUGACGGAGCAAAAGUUACUCAACACACUGGUUGCAAGUUUAGUGAACAAAAAUGAAGUGGCGAAGACAGCAUCAGCUUUCCUAGAGGCUAAUAGUGAGGUUGAAACGUGCCAUGAGUUGCUUACCAUGUUGAGCAGUUUGAGACCAGAAACUCAAAAUGUACUCUCACUGGCUGCUCAUGUACGGACGCUACAACAGGACAAGGACCAUUUAACGAUCAAUCUACACAGAGCUGAAGAAGAGGUGAAGGUGCUAUUUGAGGAAAACCAUGUAUUGGAUGUAGAAAACAAAAGGCUGCUGAAGUUGUAUAAAUCAGAGAAGAAACAUGCUAAUUCAGGAGGGAAACAUGAUAGCAGUGCCAGAACUAAGGUGAGAGAUAAGCUUACACUUCCUUACACCAUCACUCAACAACCAAAGGAAGAAAAAUAAGUACUUAACAAUAAAAGAAAAAGCAGCCCCGGGAUGAGUAGUCCGGUUGAGCGGAAGAUCGACUUUAAUGACUUUGAUACCCCUCGAUGUCCUCUUUCACCUCUUAAAGAGAACUCCCCUGACUCCAAUUCACAUAAGAAGUGACA